AAUGCUACAAAAAUCUAGAAAUUUCGACAACGUUCUGGUUGAAAUUCGUUAAACCUAAACAAUUUUCAUCGCUUGUGUAUAAAUCUAAGUUUUAUUCCAAAUAAAUAAAAAGUUUUAUUAAAAACUGAUUACUGAUAAUAUUUAGGAAUAACAAGUGCAUUUUGAAUUCAUCGAAAUAAAUACCUUUAAAUAAAGAACUGAUUAACACACUAAAAAUGUCGAAAUCUAACGAGCUUAAAAGCGAUAUAGAAGAUCUCAAUUCCCUUCUUCAACAAGCAAAACGACAAAAAUCAAAGGAUCUCAUCAGUAUUGAAAUAAGACGUUUACAAACUGAGUUAGACACUUUGACGGACAAAAAUGAAAUUAAAGUAACACCAUCAGUUCAACGAUUUGGUCCAAAAGUUUACGAAGUCAAAUUAAACAAUUACGGAUGGGAUCAAAGUGAUAAGUUCAUGAAAAUUUAUGUAACUCUAAAAAAUGUUCACUCACUACCCAAGGAGUCGAUUGCUUGCGAUUUUACCGAAUGCUCAAUGGAUCUUCGAAUUCUCGGCCUAGACAAUAAAAACUAUCAUCUACCAAUUAUAAAUCUCUGUGAAACAAUUGAUCCGGAAAAAAGUAAUUUCAAAGUGAAAACCGAUCUCGUUACCAUAUUUCUUGCAAAGAAGACACCAAUUAAUUGGUCGCAUGUAACUGGAGUUGAGAAAAGAAUCAAGGAAUCGAAAGAACCAUUGGUACCGGAAGGUAAAGAUCAUGAACUUAAAGAUCCCGAUUCGGGCUUAAUGAAGAUGAUGAAGAAAAUGUAUCAGGAAGGCGAUGACGAUAUGAAAAAAACCAUUGCCAAAGCAUGGUGCCAGAGUCAAGAUAAAAAAACUUCUCUAGGUGAUAAUAUGAUUUAAAUCCUUUUUCUACUUCUAUUUUAUAAGAAUAACUUUGUAUUAUAUUAAUUAUGUUAAUUAUCAGUUUUCUAGUAUUGUGUUUUAUAUAUAAAAAAAAGAAUUAUGAUAAAGUAAAGAAGACUUCAUACCGCAA